AUGCCUGGCUUCCGCGAAUCACUCCGAAGUUUCUUCUCGCGCAGCUUCUGCCGACGAAAGCACCGACAAGCCCGACGAGACAAGCUGGGGCCGUCCAGUCCCAGUCUCAGUCCGCAAACGACGACAACGUCAUCACGCACACGCACACGAACACCCACACUAUCCACGCAGCCAACAGCAACAGCAACGAAUGCCCCGUCGCGAGACCACUGUCUCCACUGCGAAUGCGAGUUCGAAUCGGGCUAUGGCGCGCCGUUCCGCCCGUGUGAACACACCGGCAUGCACUACAGAUGCGCGCGUCUCCUGUUCCGGUUCCAGCAGAAGGUCUCGUGUCCGACGUGUGGCGCUACGUUGGAUCUGACCACCGAGGUCGACGAUUCGUGGCGUAGUCGGAAGAGUGUCGAUUCGAGAAUGGCGGGGGAUAUAGUGGGUGGAGAGGGAUACGGUGGCGUCGCCAGGGUCGAGCGGCCGACAACGAUGAAUAAAAGCACAACGAUAACGUAA